UUCCUCUUGCAGAAUGGGAUUCAGGCCGCAGUGCUUUUGGCGAUUCUUCUGGUGUGGGGACUAAUCAAAGGGAAGGUUUAAUGUCGUACAAGCAAUUCAUUCAGGAGCUUGAAGAUGUUAUUCUGCCAGCUGAAGCUCAGCGGAGAUACCAAGAAUACAAGUCUGAGUAUAUUACAACCCAGAAGCGAGCUUAUUUUAAUGCUCAUAAAGAGGAGGAAUGGUUGAAAGACAAAUAUCAUCCAACCAAUUUACUUGCUGUGAUAGAAAGGAGGAAUGAACUUGCACGAAAGGUUGCAAAGGAUUUCCUGCUUGAUUUGCAAAGUGGAACGCUGGACUUAGGCCAAGGACUCAAUGCCUUAUCUUCAAAUAAAAAGGAACAGCCUAGUGAUCCAAAUUCUGAAGAUGAAGUUGAUGUGGGUGGAAAAAAGAGGAGGCGUUGUAGGACCCCAACUAAAAAAGGAGGUGGCAGAAGUGGACGGCCUGGGCCCCAGAUGAGUGGACCAGCCCCAAUUCUAGCUUUAUCUUCAGCUUUGGGGCAGGAUCCCAGACGCAUAAGAAGCUAUCAAGACCUAGAUGCACCAGAGGACGAAGUCACUGUGAUAGACUACAGGAGCUUGUAGAUAUUGUUUUCUUUUGGCAAGGAUGCUCAAAGCCUUGAAUGAUGU